AGUGCACCAUGAAGUUAUUCACGAUUCUGGCUUUGGCAGCUCUUUGCCUUUGCCUCGGCCAAGUUGCCACUGGUGAAAAACUGAUUAACUGUUACUGGGGCACCUGGGCCAACUACCGUCCCGGAGAUGGCAAGUUUACCCCCUCGGACAUCGAUCCCUCCCUGUGCACCCACAUCAGCUACACUUUCUUUGGAAUCAGCGAUGCCGGAGAGUUCAAGUCUCUGGAUACCUGGCUGGACAUGGACGACGGACUGGGCUACAUUAGCCAAACGAUUGCCCUGAAGCAGCGCAACCCAAAUCUGAAGAUUCUAGCGGUGGUGGGUGGCUGGAACGAGGGCUCCAUCAAGUACUCGGAGAUGGCCGCCGAUCCUGUCAAGCGUGCUACCUUCGUGUCCACCUCCUUGGCCUUUAUUCAGCAGUACGGUUUCGAUGGAUUGGAUUUGGAUUGGGAGUACCCUGGUCAGCGAGGAGGCAGUGAGUCGGAUCGCGAAAACUUCGUGACCCUGCUCCGUGAGAUUAAGGAAACCUACGACAAGUAUGGAUUGGAAUUGGGUAUUGCUGUGGGUGCCUCCGAAAAGUCGGCCAGCAUCUCCUACGAUAUUCCGGCUAUUUCCCAGCACCUGACUUUCAUUAAUGUGAUGACCUAUGACUUCCAUAUGGCUCUGGAUGGCUACCUGGGUCUGAACGCUCCUCUGCCUGAGGUCACUGAAUCCAUUGACUACUGGCUAUCGCACGGUGCCCCUGCUGAGAAACUGAUCUUGGGUAUUGGGUUCUAUGGCCACAGCUACCAGAUGUCCGACAGCUCCCAGAACUGGCCCGGAGCUGCCUGCAUUGGUCCCGGAACUGCUGGCAUCUACACCCGGGAGAACGGUUUCCUGGGCUACCAUGAGAUCUGUUUGAACAACUGGAAUACCGUUUUCGAUGCAGAGAACGGUGCUCCUUAUGCCUUCCAGGGCGAUCAGUGGAUUGGUUAUGACAACCCCGAGAGCAUCCAGAUGAAGAUGCAGCUGGUGGAGUCCCGCAACCUGGGUGGAGCCAUGAUGUGGUCAAUCGAAACUGAUGACUUCCGAGGCCUUUGCGGAGAGUCCUAUCCCCUGUUGAAGACCAUGAACCGCGCUCUGGGUAAGGAUGUCAGCGGAGGAGGUAGCAGCGGAGGCGGAGGAAGUGUUACAGCAGCUCCAACUGCGGCUCCCACAACGGCCACCACUCCGACUCCCACUCCUGGUGGCGGAAGCGGUGGCAACGGAGGUGGCUCCAGCGGAGACUGCUCCUCAAAUGGUUACUUCUGGCAUAGCAGCAACUGCAAUCAGUACUACCAGUGCGUGGAUGGCACCCGUUACGAUUUCCAAUGCGGAUCGGGACUGUACUUCGAUGUAGACACCAAAAUCUGCAACUACGAGUCGGAGGUUAAUUGCCCCUACUAGUAAACCGCAAACGAAAAUAAACGAAAAAUAUGCAUAAUCUA